ACAUUCCACAGCAAGAGCCUUCCAUCACUUUGAAGCAUAGUAAUCCAGGAUGUAUGAAAGGCAUACUUCAUCAUUUCAACAACCACAAGUGGCACCAUGUCAGGAAAAGGCUUGUACAUAAAACAAGCAGCGGUGGCAAAUUGGCAAAUGGUGUAGUGGUUGAAGAUCCAGGAAGUAAGCUGAACACAACAAAUGCUGGGCAACCGCAAGAAAAAUUAGAAGCUGAAACUGCUAAAUCUUCUGUACGUACUAUAUAUCUUGCCGGGCAGCAAAAUUUGAAGAUAGAUUCGCAGUCUUUUUCUCUACACUUCUAUUUUAAUACAUAAAAUUUUAGUCGUAGGUACUUAUAAAUGUCAUUGCUAGGAUUAGGAUAAGGAUAGGAAGGUUGUCCAUUUUUGGAAAAUGUUCUAAGAGAUUUUUACUUUCAGGAUCAUGCAAAAUCUUCAGACUCUAGUUCAGGGCAUAAAAGUUCAAUGAAAUCUCGAAUAAAAGCCUUGAUUACUGAAGAGGUCUAUAGAAGAAGAAUCCGUCAUCGCCGAAGCUCUUCCUAUCCCACAAGAUUGCCAUUGGAGCGGAAACCUUCUAUCCAUCAUUUAGAUGUCUCCAGUAUAGAUCCUUGUGUUGAAACUAGCUUCAACGAUGAGUCCCUGGAUCACCAGGAAAAUACACUGCAUUCUUCUGUUUCCAUCUUACUGGAUCCGCUUCCGCCACAGUUUUGUGGUGAAUCAGUCGCACAGAGCAGGACAUGUCACUUGUGUGCUGCCAUGCUUACUAAGAAUUACUUGAGGCAGAGUGAGGUUAAUGAGCAUGGGAAGCAACCAGUUAAAGAUCAUACUCUUCUUCAGGACAAGUUUAUAUGUGCAAUAGAGCCGAGUAAAAUUGCUUCACUCCAAGAGUCAAAGAUCUUUCUGGAUGCGCUGGAUUUGCUCAACUUAAGGGAGGAGUUAUUCCUGAAAGUUUUACAAGAUCCAAAUUCAUCAUUGUCGCAUCAUUUACACAGCCAUAGGGCAUCCACUCUAAGAUCAGGGUUAACGAAGUCUGUGUCAUUUCCUGUGCCUGGCUCCUCAGGCGAAAGACCUUCUGCAUCCAACAGUCCCAGGUGCAAGAAGGAAUUGGGAACUUGUAAAGAAGGGGAACGUAAAUCUCAAACUGAAGAGGACCUAACUUCGAAUGCAUUAGCAUCUCAAGACCUGGACCAGAUUUUGGCAAUUAAAAAAGGCAAAUGCACGGAGGCGGAAGACCCAAAACAGCUCUGUCCCCAGGAUAAUGCUUCUUUAGAUUCACUGAAGGAGUUCAAGACCCAUCAUAUGAAUAAACUUAUCAUGAAACGCUUCAAAAAUCUUAGGCAAAAAAUCAAACAUGCAAUCAAGGAGAGCAGAAAGGAGAGGCAAAGAAUUGUCAUGGAUGCAGUCCUCCAUAAAAUUCCUUACGGGUAUCCAAAAGAUACUAAGGAAGAGGAUGACGUAAACAAGGAUGUAGUUACAUUGAAUUGGAAUAAAUGCAUUCCUCGGAGUUGGAGUGGUUCUUGGAACGAGCAAAAUUCUGCAGUUGGCAAGAUUGGACUGCACGGCAUUAGAAGAAUAUCAUCUUUCAAUGAAUCAUUAAGUAGAUAUAACCCACUACUUGAGUUAUGUUUUAACAGAGAAGAAAACAGUCGCACGCCCGAUCGAUCAGAGUUGAAAACAACAGGGACCCAUUCACCUCUGGAUGGCAGUCCUGUAUGCCUGGGAAGGAUCCUCUCGUUACCGGAUCUCAGGUCAUACUCCUUUUCUCGGAUUGAGAGAUCUGCCACGACAAGUUCUUUGGAGAUGCCAAUCAGGCCUCUUUUAGGUGGAAACCAAAAUACAGAAAAAAGUAGUAUUUCUGAACAAAAACCUGUAACUUCAGAAAAACAAAUUCAGUCAGAUGGCCUUCUCGAAAACGAUAGUGAGGAAAAAGUCCCCGAAGUUGGUGACUCUUUGCCUGACUUGGCUGGCUCCAAGAGAAGGGACAGAACACUGGACCAUGACGACGUUAUUCAUCCCACAAGGGAUUCUGGACAUGACUCUAAGUUCGAGGAGGAUGCAAAUGCUUCUGAAGGUAUGCGCGUUCUUAUCUGUUUUUGGUCGAGGCCAGAUUUAGAACCUGGGCCGGCGGUCCCGAUUCCUGGGGAAGAGGAUUCUUUAUUAAACCUGCAGAAUGAUCUCAGGAUGGAUCCCCUCGGCUUGAAUGAAAGCAAUAUUAAUGUUGAGCAAGUAGAAACUUCGCUGAAGCAAUCCUACAAUAAUCUAUUGCACGUCCAGGUUGACAUGAAAAAUAAGGCUGAAUUCAAUUAUGUUAGAGAUGUGCUGGAGCUGUCUGGCUUCAGUGGAACCGAGUUCCUUGGGAAAUGGCAUUCUGAGGAGCAGCCAGUGGCCCCGUCAGUGUUUGAGGAAGUAGAAGGUUGUUUAGUAGCUCAACCUGAUUGUUCUGGAAAUGAAGAAGGCGGCAGCUGUAAGCAUCUGCUUUUGUUUGAUUUAAUCAACGAGGUACUGUUAGAAAUCUACGAGAGAGCAUUUUCUUACUGGCCAAUGCCUUUAACUUGCCGGUCUCAUGUCCAUCCGAUGCCUGUGGGAUACCACGUUCUGGAGGACGUUUGGACAGAUAUAAACUGGUACUUAAGGCUAAGGCCCGAUGUGGACGAAUCACUUGAUAGUGAUAAUGCGAUAAGCCAUGAUUUAUCAAAAAGCGAUGGCUGGAUGAACAUUCAGUUUGAAGCAGAAUGCGUGGGGAUCGGGCUGGAGGACUUGAUAUUUGAUGAUCUAAUACAAGAACUUGUUUUCACCUGAACGUUCCUUGGCUGGAUCAGGUUCUCAUCUCGAGCGGCAGUUUUGAUUUUGGUUACCUAUACAAUGUUCCUCCCAUAUAUUUUAGUAUUGCUGUCAGUUUUCUCUCAUUUAGUGAUGCGACAAAUUUGUGGGACACAAAUUCAAGC